CAGAGGGCGGGACAACUUGAUAGACAAGGGGCUCAGCUCUUUAAGAGAAGCACAGAUCCCAGCAACAUGAUCCUAAUAUCAAACCGACAAUGAUGGAUUAUCACUUCAGAGGCACCUUGUGGGCGAUACUCGUCCUCUUCAAACUGCCUCACCUCACCUGCAACAUGCGCUGCCCUGACAGCUGCCUGUGUAAUUCUAACGGUAAUGUUGAUUGUGUCGGCGACAACAUCACAGAUAUACCAAAGCAGCUGCCUCUCCAAACAUACCGACUGCAGCUUAAUGAAACAAACAUGCACAUCCUAAAUGAGCAGAGCUUGGCAAACCGGACGCUCCUGUUGCGUUUCCUUCUCACUCACAGCCAACUCCACACUAUCCAUCCCAGAGCCUUCCAUGUUGCUCCACAGCUCAAGUCUGUCAAGUUGUCGUGCAAUAAUCUCUCCGCCCUCAGUGCUCAAGUCUUCAGUCCACUGACCACGCUGCAGCAGCUGAGUUUAGAUGGGAACCAGUUGAAGACCAUAGCUCCGGAUAUGUUUGAAGGACUUGUAUGGUUGCAGCAACUGGACCUGAGCAGUAACAGCCUGAGCAGUCUUGCUUCAGAUGUUUUCGAUGGACUGACCAACCUCACCUUCCUGCACCUUGGCAUGAACUCCAUAAAGAAGUUUCCACCAACCAUCUUUCACGGCUUGACUAAUCUUCGCCAGCUCAUUAUCUAUUAUAACAAGCUAGAGGUGCUAGAUGCUGGGAUGUUUGAUGACCUUGUCAACCUUGUGGAGCUAAAAAUCCAUUUUAACAAGAUAACCAGCCUCCCACCUCAAGUGUUCUGGUCACUGAGGAACCUGGAGCAGCUGACACUGUCCUCCAACCAACUUCAGGCGAUCCCGGAAAAGAGCUUCUACAACAUGCCCAAGCUGAGCACUCUUACCAUUUCCAACAAUCCUCUAUUAUCUCUACCAGACCAGCUAAUGGGACACAUGCCUGACAUAAUUGAAUUGUAUCUGUAUUACACCAACCUCACGGCAGUUCCUGGAAACUUGUUUGCCAACAUGUCUGGACUCCAGAGGAUUAACCUCCAUUUUAAUAACAAGCUGAGGGAGUUGCCCUCAGACCUCUUCUGCUGCGUUCCCAAGCUUAUGAAGCUCUCGUUGAAAUCCAACAACCUCCAUUAUCUACAUCCUCAGCUGUUCUCCAGUCUUACCACACUGGGCAUCCUGCUUCUUAAUGACAAUGAGCUGCAGAACCUGCCAGAUAACAUUUUCCUGGGCCUUGAACAUGUUUUGGCAAUUAAUUUAAUGAAUAACCACCUCAAGACUCUUCCAGGAAAUAUUUUCUUGUCAAACACAGUUUUGGGGGCUCUUACUCUGAGUGGCAACCCCUGGAAUUGUGUUUGUAGUAUCAGAGGUAUUGCCAAAUGGAUAAGAGAUAAUGAGCGUGUGGUUCGUGACAGAGAUCGUGUGAUCUGUGAUAGUCCAGUGAACCGACUGCACCAAACCGUUGGCUCCCUGAGUGAUGAGCUUUUCAACGUUUGCGAUGCUACAAGAAUCAGGUCGAGAUAUUUUUCGACACAAGAACCAACGACACAUAUCAUGUCAACCAGCAGACAAACUUCAGCUUUAGCUUCAACAACCACACCCCCCACAACAAUAUCGACCACCAUUCAACUAGCUCCCCAACAAGUCACCAUCCAAACAACCACUCCAACUACGAAACCCUCUGCCUUACAUACAACGAGCCCACCAACGACUCUCCAAUCUCCCACCACCACUCUGCCUGGCGAGGAGUUUCUUCUCAUCACCGAGAGUCCCUCGUUUUAUUCCAAGUCACUUACUUUCUAUGACACAAUGGUGGUUGAACAGGGGCCCGAGUUUGUUCACCACAACGUUCACAAGGGCUGGGUAUACGUGUGGUUUCUCCCCUCAGAUGCAGCCUUGACCGGGUUCCUCAUGUUCUGUUACACCCUUCUUGUGGCCGCAGGCUUCUUCCUCAUUCUUGCUGCCAUGUUUUACAUGUAUCGCCUCAACAAGACCAUGGAUGAGCUGAAGGCUGAGUUUGAACGGCCUCCAGGAAUGGACCUGACCCUGACACUUCCUGUGCUCCUACUUCUCUGUUCUAUCAACGCUGUUGUUUGGGCAUGUCCGGAUGGAUGCAAAUGUCAAGGAACCAGAAUCCUUUGCAGUGGCCUCUCAGACUUCCCCACAGAUGUGCCCUCAUCUACCACAGCCCUCUACUUCUCCAAUUGCAGUAUCUAUUUCUUGAAACCAGAGGACUUAAAUGAUCUUUCAAAUACCCUUAGCGUCCUUGUGAUUAAAGACACCGUUUUGAGGGAAGUGCGCACCGGCACAUUUAAUUCCACUCCGAACAUAAAUGCAAUUGGGUUUACGACCACCGAACUGCAAGAUCUACCUGAGGCUGUGUUCCAAAAUCUACAGAAGCUUGAGACUCUGAAUCUGAAGGACAACAAGCUCCUCGUACUCCGCCCUGACUGGUUUUCCCCAUUGGCAAAGCUGAAAAACCUUGACCUCAGUAAGAACCUUUUCAUUUCCGUACCUCAGGAAACUUUUCACCCUCUUACUGAGCUGCAAUACCUUCUUCUUUCGGGAAACAAUAUCGGUCAACUACCGAAAGAGACAUUUAUGGGGCUUUCUAAGCUGAAAACCUUACGGAUUAAUAAAAACUUGCUGCAGGAACUACCCCUUGGCAGUUUGGAUGACCUUGGCAACCUGGAGGAACUAUCCAUACAUGACAAUCUUAUCACCCAUCUCCACCAUGAUCUGUUCUCCAACACUUUGAAACUCAAGAAGCUGUUCCUCUCCCACAACAGGCUCACAACUCUCCCACAAGGGAUCUUCUUAAACCUGCCCCUUCUUUCCCAGAUCUCCCUGUAUGAAAACCAACUGGAGAGUCUGGGACCAGGAGUGUUUGGGCCCAUGGCCCUGCAAGAGUUGUGGCUGUAUGACAACAAGCUGAGCCGUGUAGAGGAUGACACAUUCAGGAACCUGACUCAGUUGCGUCUCCUGGUGCUCAGUCGCAAUCAGAUCAGCUCUGUAUCCACCGGGGCCUUUGGAGGAUUGGAGAAGCUGGGAGAGAUAUCACUUCACACCAAUCUGCUAACAACCCUGCAACCUGGGGUUUUCCAAGGGUUGCCACAUCUGGUCAACAUUUCCUUAGAGCACAACACCAUCAGCUCCCUACCGUCGGGUUUUCUACAAGGCCUGAGCAACCUGGGACAGAUAGACCUGCAAAAUAACUCCCUUCCCAACCUGCCACAGGAGAGUCUAGAUGCCCUCACUGUCGCAAAGGAAGUUCUUUUGCAGCAGAACCCCUGGAGGUGUGACAGGGAUAUUCUGCCACUACAAAAAUGGCUGACACAACACCCAUCCAAGACCAACCAAACACUUGUAGUCUGUGAAACACCUUCCAGUCUGAACGGUGAGAUAAUUGCUCUGCUAGCAGAUGAGAACUUCCUGCCUCUCAGCUCUACUGAGGAGCCUGUGUUGACCUCGACAGAGAGGAGGAGGAAACCCCACACUCCUACUAGACAAAGCACUUCUUCACCUGCGGUCAAGACUACCCCCACAUCAGAGCACGAGCAGGUCACCAGUGGAGGCCAAGGAGAGACGGGAGCAGCUUCUAAUGAUUCUUCGAUCAUCCUCAUCGCCAUUGCUGUAAUAUCCACUGUCAUCAUCAGCACUGUCAUCAUCAGCUGUGUGUGCUGGAGGAGGAAUAAGAGAGGCAGGGGAAAUAUAGGCCGCAGUAAUAAGAACUCUGUGCUGUAGCUUAGACCACCCAAUGUUAGCAACCCAAGAACGUUUUAAGCCAAGGAAAAGUACUCACUGAUUACUGUGAUUUACUUGGAAAGUGUGAAGCCCAGAGUUGAUUUUAGAGUCUCAAAGGCAACAGAAAGAACCACUUCAGCUCCAAUCAGAUGUACCAGCUAGAACAAACAAGUCAACUUUUGAAUUCAUUAGCUUUCACUUUUAAUGAUCAAAUGUACCAGCCAGCAUUCCUCUUCAUGUGUGCUGUAAAAAGAGAACUGACAUUGCAUGUAGUAAUGGUGAGAACACCCAUGGUGCCAUCUUGUGGGCAACCUGACCAUUUUGGUGAAUGUAAACUCAUAUGCACUGAAAAAGUGCACUUCUUAUAGUAUAAUUAAGACUGUAUGCAGUAUUAAUAUUCCAUUUUUCAGAAUUAGUAAUUGCAGUUUGACAAUGGGUUUUUGUUUUAACGACAAUACUUAAAGGAGAAAGUUUUACUUUUAUGCAAAAUGGUUAUCCAUUAAAAAUCCAAACAUGUAA